GCCGCCGCCGGCCCUCCGCCCGCUCCGCCGCCCGCCGCCGCCGGGACCCGCAGCCAUGGCCGACAUCAAGACCGGCGUCUUCGCCAAGAACGUGCAGAAGCGACUCAACCGCGCGCAGGAAAAGGUCCUUCAGAAGCUUGGCAAAGCUGAUGAGACGAAAGACGAACAGUUUGAAGAAUAUGUCCAGAACUUCAAACGGCAAGAGGCAGAGGGUACCAGGCUUCAGCGUGAACUCCGGGGAUAUUUAGCAGCUAUCAAAGGUAUGCAAGAAGCCUCAAUGAAGCUCACCGAGUCGCUGCAUGAAGUCUAUGAGCCUGAUUGGUAUGGGCGGGAAGAUGUGAAGAUGGUUGGCGAGAAAUGUGAUGUUCUAUGGGAAGACUUCCAUCAAAAACUAGUGGAUGGGUCCUUGCUGACACUGGAUACCUAUCUGGGCCAGUUUCCCGACAUAAAGAAUCGCAUUGCAAAACGCAGCCGGAAGCUGGUGGACUAUGAUAGUGCUCGCCACCACCUGGAAGCUCUACAGAGCUCCAAGAGGAAGGAUGAAAGUCGAAUCUCUAAGGCAGAAGAGGAAUUUCAGAAAGCACAGAAAGUGUUUGAAGAGUUUAACGUUGACUUACAAGAAGAGUUACCGUCGUUAUGGUCAAGACGGGUUGGGUUUUACGUCAACACUUUCAAAAAUGUUUCCAGCCUUGAAGCCAAGUUUCAUAAGGAAAUUGCCGUGCUUUGCCACAAAUUGUAUGAAGUGAUGACGAAGCUGGGUGACCAGCAUGCUGACAAGGCCUUCACCAUUCAAGGAGCUCCCAGUGAUUCUGGUCCUCUCCGCAUCGCAAAGACACCGUCACCGCCGGAGGAGCCUUCACCCAUCCCGAGCCCGACAGCCAGUCCCAAUCACACGCUGGCACCUGCAUCUCCUGCACCAGCAAGGCCUCGGUCACCUUCACAGACAAGGAAAGGGCCUCCCGUCCCACCUCUGCCUAAAGUCACCCCAACAAAGGAACUUCAGCAGGAGAACAUCAUCAGUUUCUUUGAGGACAAUUUUGUUCCGGAAAUCAGCGUGACGACACCUUCGCAGAAUGAAGUCCCUGAGGUAAAGAAAGAGGAGACAUUGUUGGAUCUGGACUUUGACCCUUUCAAACCUGAGGUGGCACCUGUAGGUUCUGUUGGAGUGACCCACUCACCCAUGUCGCAGACAUUGCCCUGGGACCUAUGGACGACAAGCACUGAUUUGGUACAACCGGCUUCUGGUGGUACAUUUAAUGGAUUCACCCAGCCCCAGGACACUUCAUUAUUUACAAUGCAGACAGACCAGAGCAUGAUCUGUAACUUGGCUGAAUCUGAGCAGGCUCCGCCCACAGAGCCGAAAGCAGAGGAGCCCCCUGUCGCUGCUGCACCUGCUGUUGGGCUGGACUCUGGACUGGACACCCAGGCUGAGGAGCCAGUGGAGGGGGCAGUGGUUAUACCUGGAAUGGAUGCCGACGUGACUGUUGGAACCUCCAUGUUAGCAGCCGAGGAGGCCCUGGUGGAGGAAGCAGAGGUGGAGAAAGCAGUUCUUCCUCCUGGUGAAGGAGCAGGUGUAGAGGAGGCCAGGCCUGACACUGAAGCCACACAGGCCGUAGAUGGUGACAGAUCUCAACUGGAAGAAGCAGAGGCAGUAGCCCCUCCGGAGAAGGUCAUCCCUUCGGUCGUCAUAGAGCCCGCCUCCAACAAUGAAGGGGAGGGAGACCACGAAGCACCUGCAGGUGCAGAGUCCAUGGAGACCCCCGCUGCCGCCGCUACUCCCAGCCCCACCAGUGAGCUACCGGAGCUGGCCCCAGAGCCCAAGGCGGGGGAGGACUCCCAGCCGCUGCCCUCUGCUCUGGCUGCGAGUGAGGAGUCUCUGGAAGUGCCUCCCGGCUUCCUCUACAAGGUGGAAACACUGCACGAUUUCGAGGCAGCAAAUUCUGAUGAACUGACCCUACAAAGGGGUGAUGUGGUGUUGGUGGUCCCCUCAGAUUCAGAAGCUGACCAGGAUGCGGGCUGGCUGGUAGGAGUGAAGGAAUCAGACUGGCUUCAGUACAGAGACCUUGCCACCUACAAAGGCCUCUUUCCAGAGAACUUCACCCGACGCCUGGAUUAGGGCCAAAAACAUAUUGUAGAAGGAGCCUGGUUAUUGGGUGUUUAAUCCUUCCUGAAAACCUGAAGAGUUCACUUUUGCUAUUACACUUUUAAUGAUUUACAGGCUGGUGCCAGACAAAGCUUGGAAAGAUAGAUCAAUGGUGCAUGUGUGCAAAAAAAAAAAAAAAAAAAAAAGAGAGAGAGAGAGAGAGAGAGAGAGAAGAAAAAGUAAAUUACAGAAAACUCACUGGUUCCCACGUUAUCUGUAACUGGUUUAUUUGUGCUUUGUCCAAGCUGUGGAGACUCUUGUACUUGAUCCCCUCCCACCAGUUCUAAAGUAGCUUUCUCCAGACCAGAACCUUAAUUUCUCUGCCCCGAUUGUAUGGUCCUGAGUGGCUGCCCUGCGGAAGACGUGAUGAAUUAUCCUGUAGUACGAGAUUAUCUGCUGCCCCUGCACAGGUGUGAGCACGUGCGCUCUCCCUCUUUCCAGUUUACUGUGUUGACUAAACUGCUGCACACGUUUUCAGUGUUCUUUUCCAACACCUCUCUCUAUGUAUAUGGACACCCAGUGACACAUGCUCGUUCCCAUUGCUCCCGGAUCUAUGUGUAUGCACAGUGCUACAUAUGCAUAGCAGCUUCCUCUCGUCCCAUUGUAGCUCUUUGCCUCUGGAGUGUCAUUGAUACAUGCAUCGCUCUUGCUCUGUCUGGCAUUACAGUUCCAGUUUUGCCUCCGGGCAAAACCAGCCAUCCCAUUGCCAAAACAGUUGACAGUAUCUGUGUUUUGUAAAGUGCAUUUUUCAGGAUGCAAUGACCAAUAGCAUGUCAGGGCUGCUGUCCCUUUGGCAAAAGCAGAGCCUCGCUGUGUAGGUCCAGCUGCUGUGGCUGGAGGUAAGCUAGGUGGGAUGAGCAGCUAUGUAGUGUUAACAAACUUCUGCCUUUCUACGAUUGGCUGGUUCAUGGGGCGUAAAAAAAUCCACCCCCAGAGAACACUAUUUAAAAAAAAAAAAAAAGCUCCUAUUUCCAACUCUUUAUAUUUAUGCAACUCAUCUUCACAGAUUGUCCUAAAAUAAGAUAGGUGAUGUAUGCUGUAUCCACAAAUCAUCUGUAACAGUUAUGUUUUCAGUGCUGUGUCAUUCCAAAUAAACCUUUGGUAA